AGCUCACCCGCCGGAGUCGCCGCCUGUCUCGACUCGAGUCAGUUCUUUGAGAGGAGAAAGUUCACACGUUCUGCGCAACUUUUCCAAUGUGUGACUUUAUACAACAAAACUGUUUACAGUAGCACGUCUAGUUUGCUUCACAGUGUUCUUCGCUUGACUGCGUUUUAAACGAGAAAGGUGGACGCGAUGUUAACUUCGCUGACGGAGCGCUACGACGCGUUUUUUAAGCAGAAGAACGUGGUGACCAAUUGUCUAACGGUUUUAGAGGAGAAAACCGGCGUUCAGAAACAGUACAUUGCAACAGGUGCAGUCUCUAUUUUGGCUCUCUAUCUGGUAUUCGGAUAUGGUGCCUCUCUCCUGUGCAACUUGAUUGGUUUUGUAUACCCAGCGUAUGCCUCCAUUAAAGCCAUAGAGAGCAACAAUAAGGAUGAUGACACUCAAUGGCUGACCUAUUGGGUGGUUUAUGGAGUCUUCAGUGUGGCAGAAUUUUUCUCUGAUAUCUUUCUGUUUUGGUUUCCCCUUUACUAUGCAGGAAAGUGUUUGUUCCUGUUGUGGUGCAUGGUACCAUUUUCCUGGAAUGGCUCUCAAAUCAUAUACACGCGUGUGGUGCGACCUUUCUUCCUCAAACAUGAAAAAACGAUUGAUGGUGUUGUCAAUGACUUGAGUGACAAGGCCAGAAAUGCAGCAAAAGAAGGAUUUGCACUGCUGAAUGCUGAGAAGAAUAAAUGAUGAAGUAUAUAACAUGAAGAGUAAUUUAUAUUAAUACUUUCUGUUUACAUUUUGUCUGGUAUUUUGUUAAAGUCCCUCAUUUCACUGGAUUAUUAAUGUUUGCUACAUCUGAGCCAGGCAGUACGAUCAUCACAAGUUCACAAAUGGUCUUUACUUUCACGUUUAUGUUAUGUAUUCAUCCUGUAAAUUAUUUUAGUACUUAAAAACUUACUUUUGAUAAAUAAAGCUGGAAAGUAACUUAGUGCCUAAAUAUAUAAAAGGGCACAUAUA